GAGGCGCGAUCAUGAAAAAAAUCACAAUGCAUCGUCUUCUUCGAUGACUCUCCGCACCAGCUGGUGGCGUUAAUGCGUAUAUACGCAAAGAAACACACAACGAAGAAGUGAGAGCUGGCGUUUGGAAAAAUGGCGCAAACAGAAAAACAUGAUGCUCGCCGUGUUUAUGCUGCAUUGCAGGCUGCGUUUUGUCCCUUGGUGGACGGUCUGUAUCUGCAGGAAGCAGACAGCAUGCUGCAGCUGCUGUGUACGCCCUCUCAGCACCGCACUGACAUACUGGCAUGGAUCUGCAGCAGCAUCAACCCAAGCUUUGCCGAGUCCAAAGCCAAGUCUGUUGGAACUAAAGACCCAGAUGUUUUGAAUAAAGAAAUGGCUAAGCUUGGGCAGGAGCUAAUGCUGUGCACAGCGGAUGACCUGGACCUGAUCAGGGGUGAUGCAAGUCCCCACCGACAGCUACAGUUCCUGGACCAGCUUUUAACCCUUGUCCCAGGCUGCAAGAAGUCUGCUGGGCACAGACCCAACGGAGAAGUGCUCCUGAAUGAGCUCUUCACUGCUGAAAAUCUGCCUCAUCUCACAGGAAUGCUCAAUCCCACACUUAACCCCUGGCCUGCACACAUCAAGGCUUUCGGCAAAGGCACCACGUCAUCCCAUAGGCCAAUUAGAGAAGAAGCUGCCGACGUUGCUAAUGAACUACAGCGGACCCAGUUAGAACUGGAGAAGCUGCGGUCAGAGUGUGAAUUCCUGAACAGUGAAAUGCAGGCUUCUGCUGGCCUGUCUCCGAGCUCGCUGCGUGUGGCGGCGUGCGACCUCCAGCAGCUGAUAGCCACCUACAGCCGCGUGUACGAGACAGACUUGAGCUCUUACUGCAACAGGGAACCCCCCAGCUUCAGCGAGGACGCCGAAGUCUUCCAGAGGGUGCACCAGCUACUGCUGGCCUGCAAUACGGAGCUGGACAUGCUGAAGGAGGUGUCGGAAACGUCUGCGUCCAUACAUGAAAAAGCAAAGCAGCUGCAAACGCAACCUCGCCACUGGAGUCGAGGGCAGAAGCACAGACUACUGGAUAAGUCGAUUGAAAUGACUGGAACGGGUUGAAUCUUUUCUCCACCAGCUUUAAUCCUCCAUGCACCAGAUGUGUUUUCCCUACAGUCGGACACACGUGGAAGGUUUAAACCCCUCCAGACGGCAUGGAAAACAUAAAUUAAAAGUGUAUAUAUUGUGUUUAGCUUGUUUCAGCAUAGUGUGGGAAUCUCUGCCACGUUUCGUCAUCAUUUACGGUGACGUUAAAAUAUCUUCCUUUGAGAGGACUGAGCAGUUGAGCUUCUGAGUUGACACUGUGUGUGUUGCUGUAUAAGCAGAGGAAUACACUGAACGUUUACUCUCAGAGCAACAUAUACUGUGUGACGGACCGUUCGUGUACUUCACUGUCAACUUCUUCUGUCAACAGCUUUGUUCAUACAUGUUUUUUUUUUUGUUUGUUUUUGCUCUGGAUCACCUGAAACACGCCUCAUAAUGAAAUCCAACACAUCACUGAAGCCCAGUGCUCUGUAAAUGUUUAUGUAAUUAAAAUUCCUAUAUUGUUCA